UGGCGGAUUUGUUGAUAAGACUACACUAGCACGCGGAUUUUUCAAUGGAAAGUGUUGUUGUAAUUAGCGAUGAUGAAGAGAGUGAAGAUGAAAAAUUCGAAGCUGACUUGGAACUAGCUAGGCGCUUAAGUCUGCAGGAACACUUCCAGAAGAAAAAAGAACCUCUGUAUGAUGUGUCACAUUCUGCUGUACAGAAAUUUGUUAAAAGCUUUAAAAGUAAAUUCAACCAACCUUCCACUAGCGGUUCAUCAUGCAGUACCAUAAUCAAACAAGAGGAACUGGACAACCAACCACCAAGAAAAGUGCUGAAGUUAGAAGGAGGUCAUUGCAGUGUAGCAAGGCCAGAAAAUGACCAUCCAAUCUACGAGGUCAUCUCGGAUGACGAUCUUCCAGAUCUAGAGGAGGAAGAUUCCAGCAGUGGAUGGUGGAAGACGGAGAAGGUGAAGACGGAGGAUGAACACAAGAAGGAGGUGGUGCUGGAUAGCCCAGAAUCCCCUCCCCCGGAAAGUCAGCAGUUUUCUACACCACUUAGGUACCACCUAGAACCAAUCAGAGUGCCCCUGUAUGAGGACAUUUCUUCUGAUGAAGAUUAUGAAGUAGAGAUUUCUAAGGAGAACAACAGCAGUAUAAUUGUGCUGUCAGAGGAUGAGGAAAACUGUACAAUAGUGAUAGACAGUCAGGAUGAGAGUGUUCAGGAAAAGCCAACGAAAUUCGCUCAGGACGAGAGUGUUCAGGAAACGCCAGCAAAAUUUGCUCAUCACAAAGACUCUCCAUUUAAGAAAAUAGAGAAUCAGCAGGAAACCGUCUCCAGCUCAGGUUCACCAUCUGCCCCAUCUUCACCAGGAGUGGAAAAUUUCUUCAACAAGAACACAAAGAAAAAGCUUGCAGAUAUUUUGAAGCGAGUUAGUUCUAGCAAGUCACUAAAUAGCAGCAACCCUGACUCGCCACCCCCUAGGACACACAGUCGGAAUUCUUUAAGCUCAGCAGCCAAUCAGAAUGAGAGACACUUCCUUGAUAUUCUAGAUAAUACUGAACCUGAGACUGAUGGAAUGAGAGAUUCCAAGAGCAAUCUGGAAGACAGAAUUAAACAAAAUGUUAAAGUUGGAAAACUACGGAAUAGGCGGAAUGUUCGUGUUAGACGACAGACUCAAGAAAUUAGUGAGAAACCAUCCCAAGAAAAAGCCAGCACUAGUGGACCUUGUGUGCUUGAAGUUUUAAAGCCACUGAGAAUCUCCAUACUGAGUGAUGAUGUGAAUGAGACACUGUCAAAUGCACUCAGUAACCUUCAUGUAAACACAAUCAACAGUUGCUUUGAAGAGGGUACUGCUUUCUUAGACCAAGGACUGCAAUUUAUCCAUGAUUAUUUGGAUAGGCACACAAUUCCAAUAAACAUAUUUUUGGACAUAGUGAUCAAAGGAUUGCUAGAGAGUCGGGACACCCAGAUUAUGUUGAAGUCAUAUAAAAUUUUAUUACUUAUUCAUGAGAAAAAUCCAGAUGUGUUCUCAAAAAUAGAGUGGGAUGUAUUGAAAGCAUUUAUGAAAGAACUGUCCAUCGGUGGAGGUUUAUCAAACCAAGUCCCAUUAAUUCUUCAUAUGGUGGGUCUUUUCUUGAAGGUCUUGAUUAUGACAUUUGAAGAGGAGCUUCAUAGCAUUGAUUUAAGGGACCCAAGGAAACUAAGACAGACUAAAGUGUACAAAACACUUUCUUAUGAUUGUGGAUACUUAAAUUUAAAGGAACUAGUCAAUUGGAUCAGGUGUUCUAUAACGAGUGGGGAGUACCCAGAGGUUCAAGAUGCUGUGUACUUAAGACAAUUGGUGCCAGACCAGGAUCUUAAAGACCUAAACCUGAAAAGGCAGGAAGUUCCAAAAAUACUCCCUUUAAUGCAGAAACUGUUAUCACUAGGAAUUUCUGUUUCAUCAUCACCCUUAGAAUGUGCCAAACUAGUAAGCUCAGAGCUGCUUAGGACAUACAUAUAUCUCACUAGUAUAAAACAUAAACGCUUACUCAUCGAGACAAUAUGCUCAAAUAUCUUGAGAUUUCGUCUGAUCUCACUGGUACUGUUGAGUCACUGCGAGGAAACAUUUGAGCCUGGUAGUGAUGUGCCUCAGGAUUUGAGGAGCAUUUAUGAGUGCUAUUACUGUGCCCUCCCUCCUCGAUACUCGCCUUUGACUCCGCCCACUACACCCCAGUCUGAUGAAGAGAAUGAAUCUGCCGCCCCCCAGGUGGCAUACUUCUCCCCCAUUCAGGUGGAGGAGCUAGCCAUGAUACUAUACUUUGUGACUCAGAGUUAUCUACAGUGUAAGAAAAGAAAAGGCCACAAUACAGCAAGAAGAAAAGCAGUUAUGAGUAAAGCAGAACUGAACAGUCUCCCUAGAGAGGAUGAAAAGGACCUGAAACAGCUGCCAGCCCAGGUGGAGGAACUCAGGGGGCACCUGUUGACCCUCACCAGUGACCUGACUGAGCCUACACAAGUGUACCUGAACCUGUUGUUGUGUUUGUGUUAGGGACAUUUAGGUUUUGCUUAGUAUUUCUAUUCAGUGUUUGAGAUGGGGAUUAGACGUGCAGACAUAGUAUGGCUGUUAUGCUGGAGAGAUGUCUCUUGUUCACGGAGGACAUUCACUUCAUAAUGUCCUUCUUACUCGACAGAUAGGCAUUGCAUUAAAACUAAUAUACAUGUACCAGACGAUCUCUUCAUGAUAUGUCUACAUGAUAUGUGUAUCAUAUCAGACAUGCCUACAUGAUAUGUGUAUCGUAUUGGACAUUCUGUUAUUGCAUGAUACAUCUAUGAUACAACACAUGCUCUGCAUUGUAAUUGUUUAGUUAUAAAUGAAGGAAUGCCUGAGUGGUUUUGGGAUUGAGAGAGCUAUUUCAUCAAUGAACACUUGCAGCAUGUAAAAGAAAUUCAAGUGAAAGUGUUUUUUUAUGUUUUGUAUGGCUUAUAUAUUUUAUUUUCUGACUGGAAACAUCAUGCAGCUUUAUAAACAGUAUACUACACUGUAUUACCAAUUCAGUAAGACAGUUCUGUUUAAUGCUAAUUGUAUAUUAGGAGAAUAUAGGAUGAACUUUGUAUUAUUAUUUUUAUAAAUGAUGUGUUAAAUGAUCUCUGUUGUUGACAAUCUGCUUAAUGUUUGCAAUGAAUAUUUUCUAUUUCCGUGGUAGGAUUGGAGUAGAACAUCAUGACUUCUUGUUUUAUCUGUUGAGAAAGGAGUAGUGUAGAAAUACAAUACUAACAUUUUCAGAAUUGAUGUUUGACAUGUUUUACUUUGUACGAUUAAGUAACAGUUGUGUAGGAAAUUUUUUUCCUUAACCCCUGGUUGAUUGUGUUCUGAUGUUGUAAAUUUCUAAACAAAAUAUUCAAUUGUAGGAACUUUGAAAGAAUAUGUAUUUAUAGUACUGUUCAUUAGUGCUAGGGAAAGAUUCAAGGUAAUGUUUUCUUUAACUUUCCUCUUUCUGUUUCAUGCGUCAAAUUUGAUUUUUUAAAAAGACAUUUUCAUUAGAUAAUUGAAUUAAUUGUAGAUGUCUGUUUUGACAGUACAGUUACUUUGUGUGCACGGAAUAUAGUACUUGUAACUUUAAGAGACUCUUGCCAGGUGUUUGUUUUGAUAAUACAAUCACUUUAUGUGCACAGAUUUGUUAGUUUCCUAAAUACAUGUACAAUACUUGUAACUUAACGAGACUUCCUGCCAGUUGGUUUCUCAGUUUAACUCACUUCCUGUGAUUUCUAAAUUUAAAAUCGCUUCCUGAGAUUUCUAAAUUUAACUCACUUCCUGUGAUUUCGAAAUAUUACUCUCUUCCUAUGGUUUCUUAAUAUAACUAACCUAUAGUGAUUGUGUAGAUACAACUAGUAGAAACAUGUUAAUUAAAUGUAAAAUUCUCAAACUAACUCAGUAGGUCAUUCAUUUUUGUUUCAUGGGGAACUUCUGUCUCAAUGAUAUGUUUUAAUUGUUCCAGCAUUUGAAAGUGACUCACUUGAAACUUACGUUUUGUUUAAGUAAACGAUGUUAUAAUAGUACAUGUACUGUGGAAAUGAAAAUUGCAUACUUGACAAUCAAUACGAAGACAGUUUGAAAUCUACUUAAAGAAAGAAUAUUUAUAGAUGUAAUUGAAUUCUAUGUAGAUUUGCUGUUAAAGUAAGUCAUUUGACAUCAGGAAUAUAGAAGCUGUAUCAUCUGAUGUAUACAGUGUAGCAGGAUGCAGUAAGUAUUGUGUGGUCACUGGUCAAUUAUAAAUCACUCACCAUUCAUAAAAAAAGCUUAAGGUUCUGUAUGAUAUAUACUUAAAGUAACGACUGUAUAGAAAUUGUUUCACCAGUAUCUAUUGAGAAAUUAUUGUAAAAUGAGCAAGUUUAAUUCCAUGUAGAAUCUGCUUAAUGUACAUGUAUUUAGUCGCAUUUUAUGCUAUCAUUCCAUUUUGUCAUUUCUAUUGUAUUCUGCUUUUACAUCACACACUUCACCAUCAAUACAACGAUGUCAUUUUCAUGCAUUCGACAUUUCCAUGUAUUUAUUUUUAUAGGUCAUGUAAACUUCAUUCCGUCUAGAAAUCCUCUCUGAGUAUUGUGUUCUAUUUUAAGUUUAUGUGAUUGUGUUGCUUUCAGUUUUGUAAGAAAGAGUCUUUGGUCUUUUUUUCGUGUGUUGACUGCGUUUUGAAUAUUGGCAAUUUUAUGGCAUUAAGUAAAUUUUCUCUUUUGAAAAAUUAAGUGUAACCAAAUUUAUGUGUCAAAACUGAUAAUGAGGUGAAAAAAAAUUCCUCAGUCCUUGCAAUACUAGAUGGAAGAGCUUAUUAAAUUUGCUUAAGUAAUGACUUGUUAAAUUUUUUAAUGAAGUAAAAUAACCAGAUGUUACAAGCAAAGGUAUUGACACUUCUACAUACCUGUAUGGGCAUAUUUAGAUCUAGUAUACAACCUGAUACAUAUUUUUUUGAUACUUUUGUAGUUUAGUUAACCUCUCUUUUGCCUGUGUCUGAAUGGUAGAUUUAUACAAGUUUUUAUUGUUUUUGUUUCGUAUAGCAUUUUAUACUAAAGAUGUGAAUAUUGUUGAGAAAAAAAAAAAAACAAACAAAACAACUGUGUUUCAUUGUCCAUUUCUGAUUAAAAUGUUAUUUGAAAA